AUGGCCCCUAACAAUGGGCCGCUCAACACCGUCAAAGGAGACACAUCGCCGUCACUGACACCUCCAGCGUCACACCUUCACAGCAUCGAGAAACUGCAAGCGGCUGUGGACUCUCUGGGGGCUACCAAAUGCCAGCAAUCAGCACGGUUGGCUGCUACGUUAGAAAUACUCGCGCAAGAUCGAUGCGAGUGUCUUACUGGCAAGUUCCGUAGUCUACACGUGCGUUCUGAUGCUGCUGAGGACCUAAAACGAAUGCGCGAGGACGCUGAACGUGAUCGUGAUCAGCGAAUGCUUGAAGUACUGACUAAAACAUCAGUAUGGUAUUCAGAUUUGAUACGCCGCCUGCUAGCUCGAGAAGGAACACCAAACCUGUUCAUCGUCCAAGCAGUGCGGAUCUUCACCGAUAAUGGUUGUGAAUUUCAGUCGGCUCAACUAUUUGAGGUCCUUUUGUACUUGGAUCAUGACGACUUGAAACUACCCCAAGUGCAGCAGCUCCUCGAGUUCCUUCGCAAUGCAUUGCAUAUUAACUAUGAAGAAUGGGCACAAUUCUUUGCCGGGCACCAUCUCCCAGAACCCACUAACAAACUUGCCGAUGAUCUCGAGGCAAAAGUUUCGGCUUGUUAG